GCUAAUGUGUAACUGGGGUUAGGCAAUCAGGAGGAUAAAAUAGGAGCCCAAGUGCUCCUUUAGGAUUUGAUUCUGAACACAGAAAACAGCCAGAGGUUCUUACUCAAGGGACGGAGAUACACAGGUGAAGAUCCACGUCAAGAUGAAACUUGGACUCAUUUUGCUAUGUGUCCUUCUGUAUCUUACCACUGGAUGCUGCGAUCGGGUAUACGUUCACCCCUUUUACCUUCUUUCCCUUAAUAAUACCAAUGUCAACAGCUGCAAGGAGCUGGAAGAAAGAGAAAAGCUGGUGAAGAUGUUUGUUCCCCUCUCAAUUGAGUCCCAUUUCACUUCAACAUAUGAAGAGAGUCUGAGGAACAAGAGUGAAGAAGAAGAGAAACGCUUGGGUGUGAACUUCUUAAUAGACCCCAUUUAUGUGGUUGGGGCCCGUUUUUACAAAGAGCUGAAGAAAAUACAUGAAAGCAGCAACAUUAUCCUCUCUCCUAUAUUCAUCUAUGAAUCUCUAUUGUCCAUUUAUUUAGGGACUUCUGGAAAAACAGCAGCCGAACUGCAGAUUUUAUUAGGGUUUGACCCGCCAUCCAGUGACUCAAGUUGUACCUUCAGAAUAGAUGGACGUAAGGUUCUCUUUGCCCUGAAGAUCAUCCUGAAUGUUCCCUUACGGUCUAGGGACACAGAGGGGCUGGAUUUCUCCAAGCUGUCAUGCCUUUUCUCUGCUCCUGGUACCAAUUUAGCUGAGUCUUUUGUCCACCAAUUGGCCUUUCCAGAUGUUAAUUUCUACGUUCGAGCUGUGGAUUUCACCAACCCCACAGAGGCAGCAAAACAAAUAAAUGCGUUUGUCGAAAGGAAGAGCACACACAGAACCAAGGGUCUGCUGGCUGACAUUGAUCAGGAAACCACUUUGCUGUUGACAACUUACACUCAUUUCAAAGCUGUAAUAAAUGGAGCAUCCCCACUCAAAGAACCUCAAGAAUUCUGGCUUGAUUCCCAAACUAAGAUCUUUGUUCCUAUGAUGACAAUAACUGGAAUCUUCAAGCAUAAAUAUCAUACUGGACUUUCCAUUGUCAAAAUUCCUCUCAGCAAGAGUAUAUUUUUGCUGCUCUUACAGCCCAGCAACAGCAAUGAGCUACCCAGUGAUAAUCAAUAUUCUUUGACACCUUCUUUGGCAUGGCUUCAAGGCUUGCAAUCAAAACAAAUUCACCUGACUUUCCCAAGGGUGUCCUUUACAAGUAUAUACGACCUUCAAAAACUCCUUGUGAAACAGGGGUUGCCUAAUCUGCUUGGAAAAGAAGCCAAUCUCAGAUUGCUAAGCAGUAGUAAUGUGACCAUUGGAAAGAUCAUAAAUCAGCAAUUUUUUGAGCUCAGCCCCAGUGAGGAAAAUCAAGUAGAAGCUCACACAGAAGAUCAUGCCAGCGAGACACUUAAAAUAACAUUGAACAAGCCAUUUCAGUUUGCAGUGUAUGAAAAAGAAUCGGCUGCAUUGAUUUAUUUUGGCCAAAUAACAAAUCCCCUAAAAGAAACAUAAAUUCUGGAUGGGGGAAAACAGUUUUCUAUAAUCCUUUAAUCAUUUUCCUGCAUUACUUAGUUUUUAUGAUAUUUUUAAAAUCUUGCUUUGAAAACUAAUGCAUCUUUGAGAAAUAAACUUGACAAAUUUAUCAAUAGAACUUUAUAAAAAAAUACUGCUGUCUACAUCGUGAUUAAUAAAGUGCUCACAUCUCUUAAGACUAUUCUAAGAUAAAGUAGAUCAUUUUCCAUUUACUGAGUUUUCAAUGUGUGCUGGGUUUAAGCCAAAUAUAUAAAUUUUAAUUCAUAAUUUAUGGUUUAGCAAACCCAACUAUUUUGGCUUAUUCAACUAUGUAUGUGGAUCUAAUAUUCCCUGUGAAAGAAGUCUGCCACUCAAAAAUAUGGGGAAUACCGAUAAUAUAUCCAGAACAGAGAAUUUAGUAAUCUGUUUCUACGUUCUAUUUAAAGGCAUUUAGCCAUGUUUAAUUGUCAAACAACUAAGUUUAGCUAAAUUGGGAUUAUGUUACAAUUAAACUAAGUCACAGGGAUUUAUUUCAUCAAAGCUACACCCGCAAGUCGUAUUUGCAUGAUAUGAUUGAGAAUUCUCCAGCAUACUCAACUCAACUUUUUGGGCUAAUAGUAUACAGCCUAAUCUUGGUCAGUAAUCCCCCUGCUUGCAUAUUCUAGGCUUUUCCAUGCUUGAGUUGUGCGACUUGAACAAUUUGUAUGAAACAUUUAACCACCCAUGACCAAAUUUAGUAUGAAGGCCAUGGAGUGAGAUAUUUGUUCUAUGCCAGGAGGAACAUUCCUAGUCCAGAACAACUUAAGAAAAAUUAAGUAGCUUAAUCUGCAAGGUUGAUUUAAUACACCUACUUCUUGUCUAAAAAUCAUUAACUCCCACUCCACAAGCAUGGGAAAAAAAUCCCCAUUAUUAAAAAUAAAUGUACCACUCUUUAAUUAGCUUUGAAUUGUUUGAGCCAUACAAUGGUUGAAUUGUUUGAGCCAUACAAUGGUUGAAAUUCUUGAAUACCUGGUCAUAUCCCGUGAGACACACAUUGACUGAAAAAAUAAAGGGGUAGUCGGGUGCACUUCUUGGUCCUAACAACAUUCCAACUCCAGCUUUGAAUUGACGGUGGGAAAGAGUUCAGGAUUGCUGGAUCCACUAUCAAGAGCAAGGUGCUGAACACAAACAUUUACAACUAAAGUGUUUACACAUUUUAUACACUUGUCUAUAAAUUAAUUCUGAGUGCCAGAGGUUCCACACCGAAAUUCAUGUUUGCUUCAUAGUUUGUCCCUCCUUUUCACCUUGGCAUUAUAAUUCAUAGGUCCAUAUGCAUUCCUUUGAAACAGGAUCCAAAUUGGAUAUUAAACAUCCUAAUGGAGAAUCUUUUUAUUUUCCUUUAUGGGGAGUCAGGAAAACAUCAUUUGUUUGAUUGGCAUACUAGUAGCAGGCAGAAAUGAAACUAAUUUAAGGCAAAGCCCUCUCCUCUUUGCUGCCAGUGCUCUGAUUGGAAAAUUUUAAUAUCAACUAAUAGCGUAAGAACCACUGUGAUUCUAGGAUACUUUAUCUCUGAAGCCAUAACAAUGUGCAUUUCUUCAAAUACAGAACUUCUUCCUAUCAGGAUUCACCUAUGUUUUCAAAUUAGGUACUGGCUACAUCAUGGCAGCCAGGAGCCCCAAUUUAGCCUCCCAACCUUCCAGGGAUCAUGCUGCGUUAUAAUGACCUCACGGAAAUGGGGGAAAAAUCUGUUUCAGAGUUUUAAUGAUGGAAAUAGGGAUUCUAAUGGAAAUAGGAUUUCCAGGACCCUGAGAAGUAAACAGUUUCCCAUUACCGCUCUAAAAUGCCUAGCAAGGCUAUGAAAACCACUCUUUAAUUAGCUUUGAAUUCUGAGAUUUUGAAAUGAUAUAGUAAACCUCUAUCAAAUAAAUACUACAAGUCUAUCAUUCACUUAUUAUAUGCCAACAAAAGAAAAGUAGCAGGUAGCUUGAAAACACCUUCAAAGAAAAGUCACUAAGGGUGACAUUUGGUUUUCUUCACAGGAUUAGUGAAACAUUUUGACUCAGAAUAAAAGAUGCCACCCGUUGAGGAAAAAGUUCAAAAUUGAUUUCUUUUUAGAAAACCAAGAAUAGUUCUUUUAUAAACUCAAAGUAAUACGAUG